UUAGAGAAGUUGCGUAUGGAAUCUAAGAAAACUAUUGCUUCAUUGAAAGAAAAGUUGGAAAAUAUGGGAGGGGGAAGUAAGAAACAUAUUUCUUCACUGGAAGCUGACUUAGACACAAAGAACAAGGAAUGUUUGACCUACAAAGAAAAGGCUACUGUACUGCAAGAGGAGUUGGAAAACACAAGUACAGAACUUUCGAAAUGUAAUGCAAAACUAGCCACUUUUAAAGAUCUCAUGGGCAAGGGGCCUGUCGAGACACAGAAAUAUAUAGCCAAAAUUACCACACUAGAAGAGGAAUUACAGAUGAUGCGUGGUGUUACUGAAAAAUACAUAACAAAAAGUUCUGCAUUGGAAGAUGAUUUAACAAAGGCAUCCACAGAUACUAACAAACAUAUUGAAAAGGCUGCCGCCUUGCAAGAAAAGUUAGAGAUGCAACGUAUGGAAACUAAGCAUUAUAAAACCAUAAAUUCAACAGUGCAAGAAGACUUAAACAAAGUGAGUGCAGAGGUUAAGAAAUAUAAAGACCAACUUAGAGGAAAGGAUGAGGAAUUAGAAAAAGCACAUAGAGAAUGUAAGGUGUAUCAUGAAAAGAAUAACCUUCUGAAAGAAGAGUUAGAGACGACACAUGGAAAUUUUCAGAAAUAUUUUGAAAAGACGGCUGCAUUAGAAGAAGAGUUAAAGGCGUCCAAGAAGUUUGAAUUGGAGUGUAAAAUAUAUAUUGACAAAAAUAACUUUCUUGAAGAGGAGGUAAAGAAGAUGACUAUGCAUGUUAAGAACUAUGUUGAAAAGAAUAAUGUGUUGGAAGAACAGUUACAGAAGGCACACAGGGAGGCUUAUACAUAUACUGAAAAAAUUCAGUCAUUGCAAGAAGAAUUAAGGUCAUUAAAGAAAUUGUCCUUGGAGUCUUACAAACAUAUGGAAAAGUCUAGAUCAUUGGAAGAAGAGGUAAACAAGCUGCAAACAGAAUGUAAGAUGUAUAUUCAAAGAAAUUCAUCAUUGGAAGAGGAGGUAAAAAAGGUCACUAUGGAUUCUACAAAAUAUGUUUCAAAGGUUGUAUCUCUUGAAGAUCAGUUAGAGAAGUUGCAAAUGGAGCUUGAGACACUUAAGGGAAGAAAUUCCCAUUUGAAAGAGGAGUUAGAGAUGGUACACACAGAGAAUAAGAAAUAUGCCCAAAAAAAUACAUCAGUAGAAGAAGAGUUACAGAAGUUGAAAAUGGAUGCUAAGUUACAUAGGGAAAAGAAUUCCUUAUUGGAAGGCAAAUUAGAGGACAGCCAAAAACAGUUUAAGAAACAAAUUGCAGCAUUGGAAGAAAAGUUAGAGAAGUCACAAAAGGAAUGUAAGAAAUGUAUUGAAAAGCGUGCUUAUUUUGAAGAACAAUUAAAAAAGUCAAGUGAGAACAAUAAGAAAGAAAUUGCCGUGUUGGAAGAAAAGUUAGAAAAGGCACAAUGGGAUUGUGAGAAAUAUUUGAUAAGAAUAUCCGCACUUGAUGACCAGUUACAGAAGGCACCUAUGGAUAACCAGAAAUACAUUAUAAAAAUAGCCUCAUUGGAAGAAGAGCUAAAGAUGGUACGUCUUCUUUCUGAGAAACAUAUUAUAAAGAGUUCUAUAUUAGAAGAAGAAAUAGAGAAAGAGCGCACGGGUGUUAAGCAACAUCUUCAAGCAAGUGCCUCAUUGGAAGGAGAUGUAGAGCAGUUGCAAACCGAUUGUGAUAUGUAUGUUAAAAGACUUGCCAUGCAAGAAGAAGAGAUAGAGAAUAUGCAAUUGGAAUCAAAGAUGUAUAGGGAAAAGAUUAGGUCACUGGAAGGUAAGGAUAGAUAUAUAUUUAUGGUACUAUAUUAAAAGUUUUUCUUGAUUUUUAACCUUUUGAUCUGAAACACCUGAGAAAUACGGUGAUAAAGCCUUUGUAAAAUUCUGUGAAAUAUAAAUUAUAUAUAUAAUCUUUUUUGUUGUUGUUGGUUAAAAACCUGUUAAAAUCAGUAGUGAUCAAUAUAACAUAUUCAUUCCUUCAUUCCUUCCUUUCUUUCUUCAUUCAUCCAUUCAUUCAUUCAUCCAUUCA